AUGGCGCCUACUUGCAAAUGUUGCUGGUGGAAGCGGGCCAUGUUAACGGAGAGAGGACUAGACUUGAAAGGUCUAAAGGCCGAGUUGGUGGUUCGGCUCAUAUCUGCAAUUGAAGCUGUACUCAGUAGAGUAUCAGAUGGACCUGAGACAGUUGGUACCACCCUGGAGGAAAGUAUGGAGAUGAAUAGGCCCCAUGAGAAGAGGGGCAGAGAUUAUUAUGAGUUUAAAGACGACAUUUAUUACAACGAUAACGGUGACCUGCAUUUUGAAGUGGGUUCUGAUGAAAGCAGCGGGCAGCCUCUGUUCUGGGAGAAAUUUUGGUCAGGAUGUUGGAUGACCCACGGAUUUUGUCAAGGAAAGGUUGGAUUCGAAGCCAAGUUUGUGAAGCAUCUGUCAGCACCUGUAUUAAGCAUGAGUUAUGAUCCCGAUCUGCACAUGCUCAGAGUAGGCUGGUCUUUGGACAGCACAAGCCUUCAGUUAGGAGAGGUGGAGCUGUCAUACAAUUUUGAUGGAUGGGGGAGAAUAGUAACAGCAGGAAAGGAAGAGGAAUCUGGUGAGCCCUUCUCAGAAGGAGAUGUCAUCAGCUGCUUUGCUGUGCGUUUCAAAACUAAAUUUGAUACAGUAAAAUAGGUUAUAAAAUGCAUACUUGGAUCACAACAUUAUUCUUGUUGGGUUGAUUAUCAAUUGGUGACACUUUCAUUUCACAAGAAUGGACGAUCUCUCGGAGUUGCAUUUCACUUGACUUUUGGAGGUCAAGCACUCUAUCCUGACUUACUUGGCAAAAACUGCUCUGUUUCUGUAUAUCUUGACCCAGAGACUCCUUGGCAUCCUUUAUCUGCUGGUUUCAGCAUUCUGUAUAUUCUUUGUCCUGGUCAAAGAACUUGUGCCCCUUUGCCAAAAGCAUCUAAAAGGGAUUGUGAGGUGUUAACGAUGGGUAUGGCUGGUUCUGGUAAGACCCACUGGGCUCAGGUUCAUAUGGCCCGGUACCCCCGGAAAUAUUACAAUCUUCUGAAUACAAACUCCAUAUUGGAUUGCAUGAGGGUGCCCCCUGGAUCCAAUCACAGAGAGCUGAUGCUGCAACAGGCCACUCAGUGUGUCAGUCCGAUCAGAAUAGCUGCAAACAGGCGAAGGAACUACAUCCUUGACCAGGCCAACAUUUAUCCAUCUGCCCAGCGACACAAGAUGCUCUGUUUUCGUAGUUACCAGCGAAAAGCAGUGGUGGGUUUUCCAUCAGAUGAGGUGUGGUGGAGACAUCUUGUACAGCACCAGACAGAGGAGGGCAUGGCCAUUCCAGAAAUUGUUUGCAGACACACACAUUUUUUUUCCCCACUCCUGAGCUUCACACUACCAGAGCAAGGAGAGCAUCUGGAUGAAGUUAUGUUUGUGGAGCUUGGCUUUGACAAGCCUAAACUCUUAACAGACUACAAAGAGGAAGCACACAGCCUUCUACCCACACCUCCCAAACGCAAAAAGCACAGACAUGGAAUUCAAAAAUGCCUCAUCCAUCGUGUGGAACUUGUCUGA